UGGUUUUAACUUGUUAAGGGAACUUUGGAGAAUCCGGAAACCGGAAGUUGUCUUGAAGUAAUGCGGAAGCAACAAGAUUUAGACCUGGAAGUGAAUGAUCCAGCCCAGCUAGCCUGGAACUUCGCAAGAUGUCCUCUAGAGAAUGAGUGCAUUAAUGACCAUCAUUCAUGUCUUUCUGGUUCAGAAAACUGUAUUGAUACAAUACAGGGAUACAGAUGUGAGUGCAGCCCUGGGUUUGUGCGUGGGGUAGAAGGCGCGUGUAAACCGGUGUGUGAGCGUCCCUGUGUGCAUGGAACGUGUGUGCGCCCUGGCGAGUGCGCGUGUGGAUUCGGGUUCACCGGCCCAGAGUGUGACCUGGUGUGCCUCUGCAACGGAAACAGUAAUUGUCAGGGGCCUCAAUUCCUGGAUAUUUGCAUUCAAUGUCAAAAUCAUACGACAGGUGAAAUUAUUAUUAUUAUUAUUAUUACUAUUACUAUAUAUACAGGCUAG